AUGGAGAAACACUACAACAAAUACGAGUUCAUCCGAUAUUCAACUGAUCCAAGCGGAACUCUUACAGAGGAUUUGUCUCGUCUCUUGAGGGCACAAGGGGUUCGGGUUGAAGAGGAUUCAAUCAACUAUAUCGCUGACUCGCUUCGAUCCGGACGAACUGCGCAUACAACGGUAUCAUCGGUUGCAAGGACUUAUUUGGAACAAAGAAUUCGCAAUAGCCCAUAUUUGAUGGAACUGAUAGUGCGAUUAUUUUAUAAUGACUUCGUAUUAUUCAAGUACGAUUUGCCAAAUUUGGAUGAGAUUGAAACACAGAUACCGACGACAGUCAGUGCUUGA